AUGGCAAAAAUCUCAGACACGUCAAACGAAAGGAUAACAACUGUCAUAUCGAGCAACACCUAUGGAAAUGAUUCUUUAUUGGAAUUAGAACAUGUAGAAUUAGACCAUGGGUUUGUUUAUAAAGCGACAAAAGAUUGUGAUAUAACUAUUGACACAGAAAUAUUGGGAAGGACAAUGUUCGCAGCCAUACGUACUUGUGAUAAGCAGUUAUUACGUCUUGCUUUUCUCCGCAAGGAUUUUUUUAAAGGUACAUUACCUUACACAUGGAACUCCCCAAAUGGUCGUGACAAAAACCAGAUAGAUCAUUUGAUGAUAAACGGAAGAUGGAAAAACUCACUUUGUGACGUGAGAGCUUUGAGAGGAGCAGACUGUGGUAGUGACCAUCACUUGAUUUGUGGUAAAAUUAGACUGAAGCUAAGAAAAGCAGUAAAGAAUAGAACCAACAAGAGGGAAAUAUUCGACACAGUCAAAUUAAAGCAACCUGAAAUUCUCAAGAAAUUUAAGAUCGAGCUAAGAAACAGGUUUCAAGUGUUAGAAAACCUACAAGACAACAAGCCAAGUACUGUAGAAAGCUUAGAACAGGGAUUGAGUAGGAUUGAAACUGUGUUUAAAGAAACAUCAAGAAACACUCUAGGGCUCCGACAACUUGAAAGGAAGAAAUGGAUAAGUGAUGACACAUGGACUAGCAUUCAGCAGAGAAAAGACAUAAAGACAAAAUUGAACAGCACAAAGUCAGAACGAAUCCAAACUACUCUUAGGAAAGAAUAUUCAGUCAAGGACAAAGAAGUAAAACGUAAAACAAAAGCAGAUAAGGCAAUAUACCUAGAGACACUUGCUAAAGAAGCAGAGACAGCAGCUUCUAAAGGAGAACUUAGCACUGUUUACAAGGAUGGUAAAACACUAGCCUCGAAAAGUCAACAACUGGAGAGGUGGACUGAACAGUUUAAAGAAACAUUGAAUGCAGAACACCAGGCAGAUGUUCCAGUUAUAGAACAGUUUGGAAUGGAACUAGACAUCGAUAUUGGGGAAGUAUCAAGGGAAGAGAUCAGGAAGGCAAUACUUAGACUCAAGAACGGAAAGUCACCUAGCUUAGAUGCAAUAACAGCUUAA